AUGGCCACGAAAAGUAAAGGUCUUGCAUGCCCAGUCACGCUCGGAUAUCCUGAUCCUGGUCAGUAUGAGUUGGUGGUCGAGAGGAAAAAAGAGAAUGCAGCGCGAAAAAAGGCUGAACAAAGAUUGAAGGAGAAGCUGAAAGACUGUAAACGUUGUAUUGUUCAGCACCCAUCUUUCGAAAAAGAGGUGCUGAGCGAAGAGGUACUUUCCGCUAAGAUAAAGGAGGCUAGACUUGGAGAAAAAAGGAGGAGGAUUCGCGAAGAUCAAUACAUGGUUUUUCGUUAUUAUUCCUACCGGUCAUUCAUCUUGUGGGCAUACGGUCCUAUGGGAAUGCGGGAACCUUUCGAGUUGCCCGCUUGUGUACGGGCAGCAAUAAUGUCGAGAUUCUCUCAGGAUUGCGACACACCCAGCGCUCCGAAGGGUAAAAAACGCAGCGCUAAGAAAGAGGCUCCCAAAAAAGAGGCUCUCGACUGCGACGAAGAAGAGUGGCGCGAGAAAUCUGUCUGA